AUGAGUUUUGGUAAGAAGGGGAAAAUUAGUCCCUGGAAUAUUGGACCUUAUAGAAUAUCAGAUAGAGUGGGCAAUUUAGCUUAUAAAUUAGAGCUACCACCAGAAUCAGUAGUGAUUAAUCCGGUAUUCCACGUAUCCAUGUUGAAGAAGUACAUGGGUGAUCCUUCAUUGAUCGUACCAACUGAGAAUGUUGGGACUAAUGAUCAUUCAUUGAUUGUACCAACUGAGAAUGUUGGGACUAAGGGUAGCUUAUCAUAUGUAAUGAUUCGGGUUCAAAUUUUUGAUCAUCAAGUUCGCAAGUUGAGGACUAAGGAAGUUGCAUCAGUCAAGAUGCAGGUUACCAGGAUUAGCAUCCAGCGCCUUGUUGAUCCAGCAUGA